AUGGAGGCAACGUGGUGGGAGAAACCGGCUUUUUGCAAACUCAUCGACUCCACACCGGGGCUGUACUACUACCACUUGCCCGAUUGGGCUGGCCUGGGCGCUGCUUUCUAUGUGCCACACACAUACCGUUGCCUCCUACCCGAUGCUGGCGAGCUUUCACCUUCGGACUACCAAAAUCACCUCACCACCAGUCUCCUUCGUCUUCCUUCAAAAGCAGCGCAUGACAUCUGUGAACUCAACCGGGAGCUCAUCUCCCGUCUUCGUAGCCAUGACUACGCAUUUAGCUCGGCUAGAGUUAACUUAAACACCGUGCCUGGAGUUUGCGAGGCACUGGAGAGCCUGGCCUCCAUGCCAGUAACUGGGCAGUUGUCCAGUGUAGACUCUAAGUCGAGCUUGCUGAAUGGAGAAGAAGGAGGGAAUGAAGAAUAUAGGGAGAAUGGAGUUGCUCCCAUAUCUCAGAUGGAAUUGCACUGUCUGCGAUUUGGGCUCAUCACUCCGGGUACGGAUACUAGUGAAAUGGUGCAAAUGGUUCUGCGGAUGGCAAACAUUGUCGAGGAGGAUAGCAAUUACGUCAACAGCCUUUCGGAGGUUGUCAAACGCGGGAUCGAAGAGGCUACAUUGCAUAUGAAAGAGGAGCGCACUAAAAUAAUGCGUGAACAGGGUGUGCUACGACAAGUGCCUUAUCUGGACAAACUCAUCAAUUGGUGGUCACCGCCCGUUUCUACACAAAUCCACGGUCGAAUGCUGAAUCUCUCCAUUGGUGAACUGGUUCCCACAGAUUCCAUCCUCCCUGUUUCCAGUCCACCGGUCGCCCGGCACGACCAGUCCAACGAAGAUUCCGCAAAAAAUGAGAAAGAACCCUCCCCCUCGGCCCUUCAAAGUGAUCUUGCAUCCAUCCGCGCCAGUGCUCUGACAACUCUGGCGAUCAAAUCUAAUCCUGAUGUAGUUAUUGGGUCCAUGACAGCAGCUGAUUUGAUUCUUGCCUUCUGCGCGGACAGUGAUGCUCGUGUACGAGCCACUGCACUCAAUUGUCUCUGCAGUUGGGCACAGUACGAAAAGCAUAAACACGAUGCAGCUACAAAUAAAAGAAAAUUUGAGUGGAUUUCGGAUCAUUGGUUACAAGUUUACGUGCUUGCCUGUAGGCUUAUAACUGAGGAUACUUCUAAGGUUCGCCAGGUCAGUUUGAGAGCCAUCCAUCUUUUGGGUCUGCGGUUUAGUCAAAAAGAAGUUUCUUUGGAUACAGUCAGCCUCUCUGGUGGUGCAAUUGAGAAUGCCAGCUUGGAUGUGCGGUCAAGUUUAAAAAAAAUUAACCCAAUCCGCCGAAAGUGUGUCAAAUUAGUGGAUGAUGCCUUCUCACGGGUUUGCGAUCGUCUUCAAGAUCCCAGUCGAUUUGUUCGAGAGACCGCCGCUGGAUUGAUCGCAGAUUUAGCCAAGUUUGUCUCAGAGGAGAGUUUGAUGAUGACUUUGGAGAAGACAGUGAUGUCUGACCGUCAGGUCAAGCGAUCAUCCGAUAGGGCUAGUAUGAGUGGUGGAGUAGAUAAAGUUGCCCUCUGGGGCACUGUCUCUAGUCCCUCUCCUGCCAGAUCAAAGCAGCGUGGAGCUCAGCCUCCAGCUGGUCCUGUUUCCGUUGACUCAAUAUCUCUUCUUUCCACCGGUGCCCUAGGCGCACUUAUUAACGGACUGGAGGACGAAUUUCACGAGGUUCGGUGUGCCACACUCUCGACCAUAACCCAGAUUGCAACCCACAACGCACGUUUUGCAUCGCUUUGCCAGGACAUUUUGGUCGACAUGCUCACCGAUGACAUCCAAGUUGUCCGCCUUCGAGCUGUCACCGCCCUGCAAACCGUCGGUGAUCAGGUACCAAUAAUGGCAGAUCAGGUAGGAAUAGUGACCUCAGCACUGGCGGAGGACAGUGUGGUGAUUCGCCAACGCAUUCACAAUCUCCUCUCGCGUUGCCGUCUCAUCUCUCCUCCUUGCCUACUCUCCCUUCUCGACGGUCUACUAGCCAAUCUGAGGGCGUAUCCGGAGGAUAGGGACUCCGUUUGGAAUUGCGCUGCUGCAGUGGGUCGUCGACAUCCAGCCUUCGUAGAAGUUUGCGUGUACAAUCUUCUUCGGGCCCAUCCUUGGCUUUCUGAGCCGGAACCGAUUAGGGAGGACCCAGUGUACAUCACGGUUCUUCUUCUCGUGCUGAAUGCCCACCCAGGGGCGCCUGGAAUAGCCGCCCAUUUUCCUCGCCAUCUGGCCACUUCACAGCCCUACCUACGAGAACUGGUACCACACUUGUUACCAAAGGAGACGAUGCAUUUCCCGUUUGUGUGGAAGCCUUCUACAGAUCUUUGUCUCAUGCCCAAGCGGCAACGACUGGACGAGAGUGCAGAAAUGGCGACGAGUGACCAACUUUUACGAUUUCUCGCUUCCACUGUGGAAAUGUUGCGUCGACUCACGUUGGACUGUAUCGACACGCUGCCAAACCAUCAGGUGGAGCCAAUGGAUGUUGACGAUAAUCCAACUGUGGAUCUGCAACAAUGCCACCGGUUGAACCGAAUGAAACGUGUGCUGAGCCAGGAAUUGCGGGUGUGUCAGCAGACUGUCGAGGGUGGUUCCUGGCUGGGUGAUCUACCCUCAUGGCUCAGUCAUCUCCUCACAGCUGUCCACUGCCUUCUCUCUGCCUGUCUGCCGAACAAUAACACCACCGUCUUCGAUGCCACUGCCGCUAUCACCACACCAAAUCAACAGACUGUGUUGUUAAAACAAGCUCAUCGACUGUUGCUGAAGGCAGAACACAUGUACCUGGGCCUCAACUCAUCCGAAAUCUCUGCUAUUCGAGCGCUUCGAUCAGUCGCUCACAGUUCGCCCUUCUUCCUAGACACCGAUGCAGUUCGGCGAACGGUCAAACAGGUCGUAGAGGCCUGUCCAAUGGUGGAUGAAUUGGCCGCAGCAGUUGGACGGAUCCGCAAGCUUCACGCACAGCUCCUCCACCCACCACCGGUCAUUUCGGAUGUGAAUACAGCCUCAAGAGCUGAGCAGGCAGUGACUGGCUGUAAGCCUCUGCCAGAAAUUAAAUUCACUGCUCUUCUGGGCACUGCUGCUAUCCGAAUUUGUGCUCUUGUGACGGGGCUAUCACUGGAUCAAGCCAGGGACCACGUUCGUGUGAUCUACCGUCGGCCAGACAUUGGAAAACAACAUCAACGGCAGUGCUCUUGGCAACCACCGGCUCAUGCCUGGACACUUCUUGAAUCGCCUCUUCCAACAAAUGAUGGCGAUAAAUCUUUCUCUCGAAUUCCCUCCAAAACUCCGACACUGGAACUGCAGACUACGCUAGAGUUGACGGCUUCGAGUUGGACAGCCACUGCCACCCUAGAAGUUGGUCUUGGUCUCAGUGUUCCUACGGCUUUGGACGAAGACGCCUCCUCCUCAACCAUCAUCUCUCUUUUGCCUCCGGGAGUGGUUGCCAAGGUCAAAUUACACCCCUGUGAUUCUUCUUACACAUGGUGA